AUGGCCGGUAAACGGAAGAGAGUAGCCAAGGAGGGCACCAACCCCUCGGGUCCGGCAACCCAGAAAAAGGCCAAAAUCGACAGCGUCCCGCGUGCACCGACCGCUCCAGCAACGACCAACUUUGAAAAGAAACCGUUCGUGGAGAUGCCCACGGGCGACGACCGAAAGCGAGAGGCCGCCCUGUACGAACUUCUCGGCAGCGAAGAUGCAAACGAUCGAAUACAAGCAGCCGACUGCAUCGUUUCCAGCUUGCUGGCCGGCGAUGGCGUCCCCGAACCCGUCCUGCAACGACAUCUCGACCGACGCCUGUUCCGCGGCUUGGCAAGCGGCCGCAACGCCUCGCGCCUCGGCUUCAGCCUCGUCAUCACCGAGAUCAUGGGCCAGCUGUUUGGGAAAGACUCGACCCUUGGCGCCCGAUACGGCGGCUUGACCUUCGAAAAGGUCCUCGACUUGCUCGUAGACAAGACCCAAGCCGUGGGCAACAUUCCGGGCCAGGAAGAGAGGGAUCAUUGGUUUGGACAGCUCUUUGGCCUCGAGUCCUUUGUGCGAUCGGAAACUCUAUUUGUCGAUGCCUCGAGGUGGAACGCAGUCCUCGCCCUGCUGUUGAAGCUGAGCAUCAAGAAGAGCUGGCUCCGAGCACAAUGCGGCUGGGUUACCGUCCAGGCCCUGGAGCAGAUGAGCCGGGACGAAGUGGAAAGCACGCUCCAGAAGAUCGCAGAUGCCGGACUGGCAAAGACGGCAGAGGGAGCCGCAGCCUGGCUUGUGGCCUUGAAUCGAUAUCCGGGCCUGAAACCUCCCAAGCCGUGGGGCAACCCUCUCUCGAGCAAAUCGCUCGGCGAUUUGGCUGCUGUCCUGAAGGAGAGCUUCAAGGAUUCGACGAGAGACCCCAACGAAAAGGCCCACAGUAACGGAAAGCAUGCCAGCUGGACCGCCCAGCUGCACUUUGUGUGGGACAUAAUACUCGGCUGCUACGUGAACGGGGGCGCCGGAGCGGACGCCGACGGGCUGGCUCAGUUUUGGAAUCGCGUCGUCGACGGUAAGAAGAGCAGGCAAAUCACGCGAGCGAGCGAGCACAUGCUAAUGGUCCGACCAGAUGGCUUGUUUUCCAAGAACGCGACGGAUGGCCAAAAGUUCAGAGGCUUCAUGGUCUUUCAGAAAUUGCUCGAGGGCCUCGCCGAUCGCGAUGAGAAGCUUGGAUGCUUGUUCAGCAAGAACUUCUUGACAUGCUUGAUGAAUCAGUCUGCCAAGGAAGACAGAUUCCUUCAUCGAGCGGCCACGAAGGCGUUGAAGACCAUCGAGACCGUCGUCGCCUCCCACCCAGCCACUCUUGUACCCGUUCUGGAAAGUCUGCUCGGAAAGAACGGCGCAUACAAUUUCGAUCAACGGACUAGCUCCAAGACAGUCGACAAACUGCUGCAGAAUAUCAGCCAGGACAACGCAGACGGCGCCUUGAAAAUUAUUCGACAGCCUCUCGCGACCUUGAGCCAGAAGGAUAACGACGCGGCCACUGCCACACUGCGAGUCUACGCAGACCAUCUCGCCAAGGUGCUCAACGCCUUCGCCACGAACCCGUCCGGAGCGGAUAACAAGCGUGGAGUUUCCUUCGGUCCUGUCCUGCAAGAGCUUUCCGGCUUGGCGUACUCGAAUCCAAAGGACGUUCCGGAGAGCGCGCUGACGGAAAUCAUCCGGGAGCAAUGCCGUUCUCGCAUCGAAUCCUCACUGGCGCGACUUACACGGAAUGCCGAGGACCUUGCCACCUUUUGCCGUGCAGUCGCCUCCAUCGACCCGGCAUCGAAAAACAUGACGGAUGAAAUCAGAGGGGCCAUGACGGAUGCCUUGGCUCGAAUGACGAAGCUGCUCAAGCUCAAAUCGAAGAGCCAAAACGACAAGAGCCUGGCCCAUGGUUUGGCCAUGCUCCAUGCCAUCUCCAUCUUCCAACUCUACAACGAGGACCCGGAUGCCAUGGAAGUUUUGAACGACCUCGCACAGUUCUACGAACGACUCAAUGCUGGCAAAGCAGGAAGCAAGACGGAGGGUAGCUCGGAGCUGCUGGUGGAAAUCCUCCUCUCCAUGGUGGCACGCCCGUCGUCGCUGAUGAGGCAGGUGUCCCUGCAAGUGUUUGAUACAUUUACGAGCCAGAUUUCUGCCGAAGGACUCGACCUUUUGACCGGGCCGCUUGCCUCGGGAGAGAGCACGAAAGGCCAGAAGGAGCUCUUUAACACGGACGAAGACGUGAUGGACGUGGACGAUAGUGGCUCAUCGGACGACGACGUGGAGGAAAUCUCCGACGUCGAAAUCGACUCGGAUGUGGAGUUUGUCGGCCUCGUCGGCGCUGAUGAGGACGAAAGCGAAGAGGCGGAGGAGGAGGAGGAAGAGGACGAGGAGGGAGAUGACGAGGAGGGGGAUGACGAGGAAGCGGACGAGGAAGAUGACGAGGAAGAUGACGAGGGAGACGACGAGGACGGGGGGAAGAAAAGUAGUGGCCGGAACCAGGAGCCUCAGGACCUCGAUGAGCUAUUCGGGAAAAUCCUCAACAGCCAUCGUCUGGACAAGGACGUCGACGCGGAGGAAUCCUCGUCAGACGGCGACAUGUCCGACUCGGAGAUGCUCGCCCUCGACGAGAAGCUUGCCGAGGUCUUCAAGCAGCGCUCCAAGGCCCGUCCGGACAGCAAGAAGCAGAAGAAGGAUGCGAAGCAGUCGGUGGUCAACUUCAAGCAUCGCAUCCUCGACCUCCUCGACGCGUACGUCAAGAAGGAGGCGCUCAACCCCAUCACCUUUGGCCUCCUCGUUCCGCUCCUGAACCUCAUGCGCACAACCUCCACAAAAGCGCUCGCCAGCCGCGCCUGCGAGAUCGUUCUCACCUACCAGAGGGGCAUGAAGAAGGCCCGGAGCACAAGCAAGGAAAACGAGGUGGCGGAGCCGCCGGCCGCCGACGGGCUGCUCCCUCUGCUCGUCGAGGUGCACGACGAGGCGGGCAAGGACAACGCACACGCGUACGCCAAAGCGGCCAGCGCGGCCAGCUUGAUUGUCGCCUCGGCCAUGUUCGCCGCGGACAAGGAGGCCAUCAAGCAAGUCGCGGCCGUCUACGGCCAGACGCAGUCCAGCUGGGUGCUCGGCGAGGCACGGGUGCAAGCGGCCUUCUUUGCCGACUGGAACAACUGGUGCCAGAACCAUGCGUCACAAGCCCGCGUCUGA